AUGUUAUCAAACUUUAUCUGCGAAAUAUUGCUUAAAUUUGCAGUAGAAAAAUUUAAUCGCGUACAAAAGUCACCAUCGCAGAAUCUAACUUUGCAAGAAAGUACCGAAUCAUAUAGUUCUCCAGCAUUACUUCAACACACGCGUGAAAAAUCGACUGAUCGAUCAUUAAUUCCAGAUUACAGUAAAUCUCAAGACUUGCUUCGAAAUGAGGCAAAAAGCGAUAGUCGACAUAGAUCAAGAAAAAUUGAUGAAUAUGAUCUAAUAGUUCGAGGAAAAGAGCCAGAAACUGAUAUAAUUUCUACAAAUAUGGCUGAGAGAAAAGAUGAUCGUUUGGGUUAUACUGUAGCUCAAUAUGGUAGUAAUAGUAGAGGUGAUGAUGAUAGUAACAAUGUUAAGGAUAGUAGAAAUAUGGUAUCAGAGCAAACUAUUAGUAGCAGGACAUUCACAGAUGAUGGACGAGGUACUGUAACAUCUACAUUUACAACUGAAACUCGCUACAGUAGCUUAUCUCCAACUCGUACAUAUGAAUUUGCAAAAGGGACGGUAAGGAAUCUUCCUUAUGAGGAACGUGGAUUAACUCCUACAACUUAUAAGGAAAUUCGAGCAUAUGAAGUGCCAAAAACGAAAGACACAAAUAUUGUACCUAAUCGAGAUAUUCAGUCUGAUUCACGCACUUAUUUAGCAAAUACAGAUUCCCAUCUACCGUACCAAACAACAGAAAAAAUGUAUGUGGGAAGACCACAUCCACCGAUGGAAGUUACUGAUCAUAGUGUCAAAGAAAGAUCUGAUAGAGCUGAUCAUUUUGAAAGUGCUGAUAGUUUUGAAACAGAUGAUCGAAGUUACGGCAUGAAGCCGGCGGAAUAUCAUGAUUUGGAAUCUAGUAGUUACAGUGUUCGGCAAUACGGCACUGGAAGUAUUGGAGCAAUAAAUCCAAAGCAAGCACAGUUACGAUAUUUUGGUGAUGAAUCACUCAAAUCAAAUGAAAGUGGCCAAACGCAAAAAAGUGACCUUAGUAUGAUAAAGCCGACUUAUGAACGUAAUCAUACGUUACCUCGUGAUGAAGAACAAACUUUAAGCCAUACAGUUGGAUCAGAUGGAUUUACAAAAAGAAGGUAUGAAGAAAAUUAUGAUGCACCAAUACUGAUCAGAUGCACAACACUUAAGUUAUUCUUUUUGACAGGUGGCGAUGAAUCAGAAAGUUAUUUUGGAGUAAAUACUAAUGGAAGCAACUAUCGAUGUUCAUCACAUCCAUACGUGCCUCCAAUUACUGAAAAUAUGGAAGAAUCAAUGGAAACAUUAAAGAAAAAUAAUGAUAUAGAGAUAACAAGUUUACCAGUUAAAUGCAAGCAAACAGCUGAUUACAUGCGCGCAAGAGAAGAAGGAAAAGUCGACAAAUUUCAACCGUUGGAUUCAAAUCUUCUUACAAAACGGUGA